AUGGGACGAGUGCCAUUUGAGGAGAAGACAAACGAGGAGAGAAUAACAGAGAGAGAAACAAAGAAGACAAAAAGCGAGAGAGAGGCAGUGUUCGACUACCUAGCCAUGGUAAAAGAGCAGACACGAGACUACAACCUAAAAUACGACUUGGAGCUGUGCAUGGAGACCCUCCAGGGAAAGGAGAACAUGGAAGUCAGAGAGCUGAAGGAUGCAGUGGUGGAGCUGUCCUCUGAGAACGAGAAGCUUGCUAAGCAGUGCGAUGUUCUCCAGAUGCAAAUACUGAACAGCAGAACCAUGUAA